CGUCACCAGUUUCAUGACGUAGCACUAAUAUCACAGCUCUCAGAAUCAGCGGCUGUGUUUUCGGCUUCUUUCAGGAAUGGGUCACUUAAACUGUCCCAUUCUCCCUUUCUUCUCCCCUUCUCUUCUGUGUUUGUUGUCCUGUAUCCUCGGACUGUCUCUCGGUACGGAGCUGAGCUUUGUCACGUGCGGGUCAGUCAUUAAACUGUUAAAUAUCAAACACAAUGUGAGACUUCACUCACACGACGUACGCUACGGCUCGGGUAGUGGGCAGCAGUCUGUAACCGGGGUGACCGCUGUGGAGGACAGUAACAGCUACUGGAGUAUUCGAGGAACAAGUGACACCUGGUGCCAUCGGGGCACUCCGGUCCAGUGUGGGCAGACGAUCCGUCUGACUCAUGUCAACACCGGCCGUAACCUGCACAGCCACUACUUUGCUUCACCACUGUCCUCUAACCAGGAGGUGAGCGCGUUCGGUGAUGAAGGGGAAGGAGACCACCUGGACGAGUGGCAAGUCCAGUGCGGGGGAUCCAUCUGGAAGCGUGAGGAAUCGGUCCGUUUCCGUCACAAAGCCACGGACGCUCUUCUGUCAGUGACGGGCGAGCAGUACGGACAGCCGAUCCGCGGUCAGAGGGAGGUUCACGCCAUGCCCAGCCCCACCCAGCACAGCCUGUGGAAAGUCAUGGAGGGGAUCUUCAUGAAGCCCAGCGAGAGCCCCGCAGGCAGCCGAGCUUACACUCACCAGCACACAGAGUUCUGAGCAGGCUCCUGUCGCUUCCUGUGUUUCCCUCCGUCUGCCACUCUGAUCCUACCUCUGUCCCUAAUUUACACCCGUACCAGCAGCCUCUUCUUUCUACCCUCUUUUCUCAUUUUCCCUCCCUUAUUUGCUCUUGACUGUCAUCUUUUGAGGAGACUUUGCCAAAAGUCUGUCAUGAAUCGAAGUGCAGUGACUUUAAAUCACCAACCUCUAGCAUUCAGUGCGUUUUAGCCAUGCCACUCAGAGAGCUGACACUACUAGAAGAGCAGUUUGCAUAACGGUAUACGAAGACAUGAAAGGUGUUCAAAGUCAUUCUGCAGAAUGAAGAAUAGUCUGUCAGUUUUUGUGACACAUACCAACCCAAAGGAGACGAUCCUCCUCUUCUUCUUUAAUUUAUUUUGAACUGCCAUCAGCUGUCACACUACAUGGGGCACAUUUUGCAAAUCAGAACGGCAGCAAGUGAGUCGUGUUUAGUUGGAUUUUUAAAAAAGUGUUACACUUGUGCCUUUAUCCUUUUUAAAAAUGAGUAGUUGAUCAAAUAGUGGAGCUUUCUAAACUUUUGCAAACAUUUUUAAUGUGUUUUGAAUGUCUUUGUGAGCUCUACCUAACAGUGGAUAAGCAGUGUUACAACGAUAACGUUUUUAAUUUGAGACUUGUUCAGUGUUGCAUACAAACAUCCCAAACAUACAGACACAAGCAGCAGGUAUGUUUCAUUAAUGCUCAUCAUGAACUGGACGUUGUUAUUAUUGGAUCAGUUUCUAAGCGGUGCUGGGAGAAAGUGCAGUGUUUUGCUUUCAUGCUGCCUGUGCAUGCAUUUGUGUGGGAUCGACUCUGUGUUCCAGAGGUUCAUAUCAGCAAACAAACAUGCAAUGAAUACCUCAUAUUAAAGAUUUUUUUUAUGCA